GUGCCUAACGUAAGUUCGUACUGAAAACAAAGGGAACAUUGAUUAGAUUAUGGCUCAUACACGUUCAUUGUUAUGGAAACUGAAUUUGCAAGCAUCUUCUCAGGCAGGGAGAAUGGGUAGAAGAGGAGUUCCCAUUCCCACUCGUCUACCUCAUUUGUACGCAAAAACAAAAGAAUAUUCAUCAACCGCGAAUAAGAUGGCGGAGUGGCGGACUAAAGUUCCGGUACCAAAACAAUUACUCGAACCCCUAGAUUUGCCGAGUGUUCAUCUCUUUGGACCUGGCCCCGCUAAUCCAUCAUUACGGACUUACAAUGCCCAUGCAAUGCCGCUAUUGGGACAUCUGCAUCCAGAGUUCUGUAAGGUCAUGGAUGAAACAAAGGCUGGCUUGAAAUACGUGUUUCAAACCAAUAACGCUUACACGUUGGCGAUUACUGGAUCAGGACAUGCGGCGAUGGAGGCUGCAAUCAUGAACCUUGUCGAGCGAGGAGAACGCAUUCUAGUGUGUGUUAAUGGAUUGUGGGGUAACAGAGCGCGCGACAUUGCUGAAAGACAAGGCUGUGAUGUACAGGCUAUUGAAAAGCCACCUGGAGAAUAUCAUACAUAUGGUGAAAUUGAACAGGGCCUCAAAGACUACAAGCCUUCAGUGUUGUUUCUUGUUCACAGUGAGUCUUCUUCAGGAAUAUGCCAGCCAUUAGAUGGCAUUGGAGCUUUAUGUCACAGGUAUAACUGCUUGAUAAUUGUGGACACUGUAGCAUCUCUUGGUGGAACACCUUUCUUCACUGAUGACUGGGAUCUGGACUGUGUUUAUACAGGCUCUCAAAAAUGCCUUGGGGCACCUCCAGGAAUUUCACCAAUCACAUUUAGUCCCAGAGCCAUAGCUAAGGUGAACAGCCGGGAAUUCAAAGUGCCAUCAUUUUACCUGGAUAUAAAAGAACUGGGAAAUUACUGGGGAUGUGAUGAAGGGCCAAGAAGAUACCAGCACACAGGAGCAGUAAGUCUAGUUUAUGCUUUAAGAGAAAGCCUGGCACAGAUAGCAGAAGAGGGACUUGAGAAUUCAUGGAAGCGGCAUCAUAACACAAUUGAACACCUUUGGGCUGGACUUGAGGAGAUGGGUUUAAGGAUGUUUGUGAAAGACAAGGCAAUGCGUCUCCCAACUGUUACAAGUAUUCGAAUUCCUGAAGGAUUCCCAGACUGGAAGGCUGUCCCGACCUAUCUGAUGAAAAAACACAAGAUUGAACUUGUAGGUGGUCUGGGCCCAACGCUCGGAAAGGUAUGGCGUGUUGGAUUCAUGGGACAUAAUUCAUCCCUUGAAAAUGUGGACAAGUUCUUGCGACUUUUCAAAGAGGCGCUGGAAGCUGUCAAAAAUCGCCCAAAAUCUCAGAUUUGAAAAUGACAUUUGCGAGGCAAAGAAUUUCAGCCGGUGUGGCUGUAAAAGCGGGGGAAAAUAUUCUAGGAAGAAUCGAAAUGUUUAAAAUGGUAAUUUUUAUAGCUAUUUAUCAAUUGUCUCAUGAAGAGAGUCACUAGCUUGGAAAAUUGUAAAAGCAUUCAUUAAACUCUUUACUUGAGUCCA